GUGGCGGCGGCGGCGCAGCAUGGCGGCGUGGCGCGCGGUGCCCAGCGACCUGUUCCCCUUCGUGCUCGCCUUCCUGCGCGAGAACCGCUUCGAGGGGGCGGCGCGCGCCUUCGCCAAGGAGGCGGGAGUGAAAGACCAGGAUCCCAAUGCUGCCUCUCUCCUGGACAUCUUCAGUUACUGGCUGAAGUCUCCUGCUGCCAAAAAAAGAAAGGUUGUUCCUAAUGGACCUCGUGCAAAGAGGAAAUCUUCCUCAAGCAGUGAUGACAGCUCAAGUGAGGAGGAUGAGAAACCCCCAGCCAAGAAACCAGCUAAAAUAACAGCUGUGCCCAAGGCAAAAGCAGCUCCUCCUGCCAAGAAGGCAGAAAGCAGCAGUGAGGAUUCCAGUGAUGAUUCAGACUCAGAGGAGGAGAAGCAGCCAGCAAAGAAAGGAACAAAACCAGCAGUGAAGCCAACUGGAACCAGAAUCCAGCCUCAGAAGAAAGGAGAGAGCUCCAGCUCUGACUCAAGCAGCUCAGAUGAGGAAUCACCAAAGAAACAACCACCAAAACUGGUGACACCUAAAUCAGGAAAUAAAUCUGCCCAGGUAGCUACCAAGCUGGUUAAUGGAAAAGCAGAAAGCAGUAGCAGCAGUAGUGAAGAUUCUGAUGAGGAAAAGGCUGCCCCGAAGAAGGUUGUUCCCAAGAAAUCACCUGUACCCAAACCUGCAACUACUCAAUCGUGUCCAGGCAAAACCAAACCUGCCAAGGAAAGUUCCAGUAGUGAGGACUCUUCUGACAGCUCAGAAGAUGAAAAGCCAGCUGCAAAACAAAAGCCAAAGUCUGGUCCAUACAGUGCUGUACCACCUCCUCAAGCUGCACAGCCAAAGAAAGGCCUUGCCAAGGCUCCUGCAAAAAAGACUGAGAGCAGUGACUCCUCAGACAGCAGCGAUGAGACAGAGGAGGUGCCCGCAAAGGGAGGAGCAGGCAAAGCAGUGGUGGCUAAAACUGUUCCUGGUGCCAAAAACAAAGCUGUGACUGCCAAGAAGGCAGAAUCCAGUUCGGACAGUGACUCAGAUUCUAGCUCUGAGGAAGACAAGAAGGUAGGGAGUAAGCCCCCUGCUAAACAACCUGUGAUAAAGAAUCCUUCUAAGCCAGCAAAGGUAGCUGCCAAGCCUGCGCAAGCAAAGAAAGACUCCAGCACCUCCUCGGACAGCUCAGAUUCUGACAGCUCUGAAAAUAAGGCCCCCGUGAAGCCUGCAACUAAAGCAGCACCCCCUGCAACCAAGAAGUCACAAGCUACCACAAAGAAAGCACAAAGUAGUUCUGAUUCAGAUAGUAGCUCCAGCAGCUCUGAGGAUGAGAAGAAGAAAGCCCCUCCAACUAAAUUAACUGGCAAAGUGGGUAAGCCAGUUUCCAAACCUUGCACCCAAGCUCCCAAAGCAAGCUCAUCAGACUCUGAUAGCUCAAGCAGUGAGGAAGAAAAGAAGCCAGCAGUGAAACCUGUCAGCAAACCUACAGGGACCACAAAAGCAGCUGUGGGGAAGAAGGUGGCUGCUGCUAACAGCAGUAGCAGCUCAUCUGAUAGCUCCAGUGAAGAUGAGAAGCCCAAAAAGGCAGGGAAAGGGACACAGAACAGUUCUCAGACCACUGCUUCCAUAGAGAAAGCAAAAGCUUCAUCCGCAUCAGCAGCAAAUAAUCUGAAGUCCAAACCAGCUGGUGGCAGCAGUAGCAGCAGUGAAAGCAGCUCUGAAGAAGAGAUGGGGAAAGCAAAUGGAGGUAUGAUCCAGAAGAAACGGAAGAGGGAAGAAGUCCAGGAGCUAGAGACACCAGACAGUAAAAAGGCAAAGAUCAAAGCCAAAACACCACACACAUUUCCCAAGGUGAAACAGCCAGCCUCUCCAUUCCGACGAGUAAGAGAAGAAGAGAUUGAGGUCGAUGCCCGUGUUGCUGAUAACUCAUUUGAUGCAAAGAAAGGAGCUGCUGGUGACUGGGGUGAGAAGGCUAACAAUAUCCUGAAAUUCACCAAAGGCAAAUCUUUUCGCCAUGAGAAGACAAAGAAAAAACGGGGCAGCUACCGUGGGGGCACUAUAUCAACCCAAGUCAAUUCCAUCAAAUUUGAAAGUGACUGAGAAUGUCUCCUUGGGAAUUCAUAAACCGUCCACUCACCCGAGUCGUUUGGAUGGGCAUGUGAACGUUAUGGACAUCAAUCCUGUCUGGAAUAUUAUCUCCCUCAGCCCCAUAUGGGCAGGCAGCUCCAACAUGGGGAUGUGGGAGAAUGGUUGGAUAUUUCUCCCAUUUAUUUCUGGCAAAUUUUGGUAUAGACCCCUGAUAGGGAACCAUUGUAGAGCUGAUGUUACUGGACUGUACUAUGGUGAUCUCCAAGACUUAAAUUAUGUACAGCCUUAUUUUAAAAGGCUGGAAGUGAUUUUUCAUUUCAGGUCCCUGCCUAUCUAGUAAAAGAAAGAGAACUUAUUUUCUGUAGCAUAAUCUCAAAUUUCUUUUUCCACUAGUUUAACUAUAGGUAUCUGUGAAACUGCAAGUGCAGUAACUUGCUUAUGACUGGUUACUGUAAGGGCAGCAACCCCCUUGAACACUUUGGCCGGAAUCCCCUCACCUAUUUCACAUUUGUAGUUCACAAUUAGAGUAUGACAAGGUUCCUCUUUUCUGUUUCUUCUUUUUAUGGUUUUGUCUGGCAGUAAAUUCACAUCCUGCUCCUCCUUCUGUUCCUGUUGAGGCUACCAAGUAGAGUAGUUAGAGAAACUAAUUGUUUUCACAUACCAGGGUAGUUAAGGAAUCGAUUGCUUGGGGUUGCAAGUUUGUGGCUAUUGUCAGAAAGGCCAAGUUCUGUAGUGCUGUGGCACUUGUGAUAUGGUUUUUAUAAUGAAUGUAGCCAGAGCAGGGAGCUGUACAGGAACUCGUGACUGUAUGGAGGUUCUAACAUUCAAAGAAGGGUUUUGGCCCAGUGGAGAUGCUUAAAGAGGCAGAGGAAACUGUCUUUUUUCUACUCAGCUCUGCUUUUUGUUGUAUCUUUGUUUCAGAGGUUUUGACUGCAGGGUUGUGCUGCUCUUUGUUCUCUCUGAGCGUUUAACAUGCCAGCAUACGCUUUUCUCUGGUAAUGUGCAGUGCAGCUUAAGAAGUACUGAGAUGAAUGUAACACUGACGCCUUAAAUUUCUUCCCUUGGCUGGAUCACUUGCUCUCUUUGAGCUGUUUUCCACCUAUAAAGUCCUUGGGAAGAAGUAAAAUACAGCCUGGUGCUGUAAGGUUUGAAGCAUUAGCUUCAAGCAGAAGUUCUCUAUGAGGAGUGGGAUCUCAAACAAAUUCAGCAACCUGUGGCCUAAACUGAGCUUUCAUAGGCAACGGAGAUAAUCUAAUGACUUGCUGCUGUUGAAGGGAAGUCUUGCUCUCCCUCUAGUCACUUGACUUUGCCUCCUUGCCGUUUCUGCUGCAGCUCGCAAAUCUGGGAGAAAAUGGUUCUCCCACUACUUAUUUUUCCUGUUAGACAAGUUAUUAACUUAAAAUAAUUUUAUGGAGCAGUCUGUUGAGCCCACAGACAAUAUGAGUUCAACAAUGGUAGAGCACAUUAAGGAAAAGAAGCAGCAGUGGGCUAUUAGCUCUGCUCACCUCAUCUCGUGAAACUGCCAGCCACAGAGAGAGGUCAUGCCGAGUCUGAUUUCCAUGUUUGCAUUCACUCCGAGCAGGGUGACACAAAAAAGAGCCCUGUUGCUACAGGAAGCCACAUACGUGUGCAAUGUCAGAUAAUGGAGGGUUGGAUGAGACUGAGGAGCCGCCCCCAUGCACAUCGGCUGCAACUUGUUUCGAUGAGCAUUUUUCAGCACUUCCCCUCAGGCUUGCACAAUCAGUCCGAGCGUUGGAUUCUGUGCAGCAACGCACAGGGGCCCAGGAGACCGGGGUUAUUACGAAGAGCUUAAGGUUAGAGGCCAAAGCAGGGUGGGAAGAAAGUAUUUUCGGCCUCUAGUGGGGAUUUGAACAAUCAUUGUGAUUUGGUAUUUGCCCUCUUUUGUCUCCCUUAUUGGGAACUUUAAUUUUGGAACUGUCAAGGUUAAACUUUUUUAAAACUUACAUGUUUUAGGGGUAUUUUAUGUGUGAGCACACAAGUGUCUCAGAAAAUAAAGAUAGCUGCCUUUGUAA